CGGAAGGGCAAGUGAUAAAAUUAUUCAAAAAGGAAGGCGUGUCAGAUGCUGCUGGGACAUCGUGUAACCGACAGUUGGAUUUAACGAGAGCAGUUCUGUUUAGAAGCCUGAAUGGAGAGAGCUCAAGAGGAUAAGUGAAGCCAUAAAGGCAGUCUAUUUUUGUGUACAAGUGUGAGUAUAUCUACAGGGUAAAGUUUUAGAAGUGAUGCUACUGGAUCAAAAGUGCUCUUACCAUGGCUGAAUCCCUAAGUGAAGUUUCUCGCUGUCUGGAAGUUCUGGAGGCCAGUGAUGAGAGAAAGAAGAAAUCCAAAUUUAAAGUCUUCAAGAGCUUUUUUGUCAAGAAAAAGAAAAAAGAGCCUAGAAGUGCCCAGGGAGGGAAGAGGCUGAAACCAAGCUUGUCCAGCAGCAAUAUUGAGGUCUGUUCUCUGAAGCCAGUUCAGGAAAGCCGAGAAACUGAGCCCAGGCCCAAGAGAGGCAUGGGGAUCAAAGCCCUCUCCCAUGACAGCAUCUUCAUAUUGCAGCCUGAGCCUGAAAGAUCAGCAAGCAAAUUAUACCCCUCUCCAGAGCCCCAGAGAGGCAGACCUCUGCAGAGAUCUCAUGUUUCCAGAACUCUGCCUAGAACUGGGACUGGUAGUGUGCGUGGAGCUGUUUCUAGAGCUGUGUUUGGAGUUAUGCCCCAAUAUGUGCCCAGAAGUGGAAUCUGGGUUGAAGGCUCCAAGUUUACUGAGAGCACCUUUGAGCCCUCACCUGGAUCUCUUCACUCACAGUCUGUGACCAUGCUUGCCACGCGUGCCUCUCCCAGCAGCGCUCAGCUGCCUCUUAGUUUCAGCAUCCCAGCCACCACCCAGGGCUGUUUGGAUUCCUCAGCGGCUCGACACAAGAUGGCUUUAAACCCCCGAAAGCAAAAGAAGAAUAACCCACAAGUGACUGUGAAACCAAAGCCGGAGGAGCCAAGCCUUGCACUGGUUUUUGAAGAAGACAAGAGUACAAACCAACCAAAAGAAGCUGACCAAAAGAAGCCAAAAAAAGACAGUGCAGGUCCCUCGAGCCAGGAACAGAGCAACAAAACUGAGAUUUAUGAGAAGAAGACAGUAGAUCAGGCUUCAAACACAGAUGCUAUUUGGAGUCAGGGCUGCCCGUUGUCAGCAGUGUAUAGAAGACAACAUGUAAGAAAAGGGUGGAGUGCUUCAGUAAUGAGUGAGCGCGGUUCCAGAGGAAGAAGCUUGAAACAAUCCAAUCACAGGCUUGGCCUAGUUGAUAGAGCUGGGUCCCCAACUGAUGAUAACACUGCCAGGGAUUGCCUUCCCUGGCUCUUGUCCCUGGAGAAGCAAGUCAUGAAGCAGCCCAUAACACCACAGGCAGAAACCACUACUCUUCUGGAGUUGCUUUCAGCUAAAGAGGACAUGGGAAGGAGAAAUGCUGGUGCAGAUUUUGAAGCCAGCAAAGCAUCAGCAUCACAACCCACACCUGAAGACAUGGAAGAGUCCACGGAUAGUGGUCAAUCACCAUACCGUGAAGAUGGGGCUUCUGGAGCUGAGAAGAUGGAAGUCAGAGCUUCUCUUUUACCAGUGGUGGAAAGCCCUUCCACAACGGAAGAAGAUGUCGUUUUCUCAGUGGCAGUGAAGGCUCAGGUAUGUAUGGAUCCUUCUCAUCUUCAGUCAGAAGAGGAGGAAGCUUCCAGCUUUGAUUCUCAAAACAUCCAAUUUAAAAUGGAGUCACCUCAAGAUAUCCCAACUAUCUGCAAAGAGAAGCCUCCUAGAAAUGUUCUCCAGGCCUUUACAGCAAGCAUUUCGGGUAUGGCAAGUGCUUUGGCAGAGGGAGGCAUUUCUGCAGAGAAGCUGCCUCCCAGAAGCCUUUCCCGGUCCUUAGGGAAGCCCAAAGCUGAAGAAGACCCCUCAGAUUCAGGGAGCACUUCAGAGGCGAGGAGUCGUUCUGAGCAGCAGCUGGCUCCCAGAUACUCUUUCCAGUCCUUGGGGAAGUGCAAAGAUGAACGAGAAGUCUUCCCAGGAUCAGAGAGUUCAGCUGUGGAACUGAGCAGUUCCGAGCAGCAGCUGGCUCCUGGAUACUCUUUCCAAUUCUCGGGGAAGCCUGAAAAUGGCCAAGAAGUCUUCACAGAAUCAAAAAGUUUUGUUGUGGAAUUGAGUGGUUCUGAUGAGCAGCUGGCUCCCAGAUGCGCUUCCCAGGCUUUGAGGGAGGCUGAAGGAGAAGUCUCCACAGAAUCAAAUAGUUAUGUUGAAAAGUACAAUAGUGCUGAGGAUUGGGGCAGCUUGGAGGAAGAUCUGCCUCCCAGACACCCUUCCCAGGCUUUGGGGAAGCCCAAAGACCAACAAGAAGUCUCCUCAGUUUCAAAGAACACACCUGAGGAGUGGAGUGUUUCUGUGAAGCAGAUUCCUCCCAGACACCCUUCUCAGUGCCUUGUGAGGCCGACUGUUCAGCAACAGGUCUCCUCAGGUUCAAUGAGUGCUUCUGUAGAAUGGAUUGGUCCCGUGGAGCCGAUGCCUCCCAGGCACCCUUUCCAGCCCUGGGUAAGCCUUAAAUUCGGGCAACAAGCCUCUGCAGGUCCAGAGAGCGCUGCUGUUGAGCGGGGCAUUUCUAUGGAGCCGCUGCCUCCCAGAGCGUCUUCUAAACACCUGAUGAGGCCUAAAGUCAAGCAACCAGUCUCCUCAGAUCCAGAAAUUGCUACUGUUGAAGGGAUCAAUUCUAUGGGGCUGCUGCCUCCAAGACAUCAUUCUCAGCCCCCAGUGAAACCAAGAGCUAAGCAAGAAAUCUCUGCAGGUCCAGAGAGCACAGGUGUUGAGGAGAGCAUUUCUAUGGAGCCACUGCCUCCCACAAUGCCUUCCCAGCCCCUGAUGAAACCAGUAGUCAACCAACCAAUCUCUGCAGGUCCAGAGAGUGUUGUCAUUGAGGGGAGCACUUCUACAGAGCCACUGCCUCCCAAACAUCUUUCUCAGUCCUUUGUGAGACAUAAAGUCCAGCAAAUGUCAAGUUUUCAGAAUGCUGCUGUUGAGGGGGAUAUUUCUGGAAGCCCACUCCCUGGCAAAUAUCCAACUCAGUUCUUAACGAGGUCUAAUUUUGAGGAAAUGUUCUCAUGUGUAGAGAACACUGCUGCUGAAGGAGACAUGUCUAAGAAAUCGCUGCUUCUGAGGCAUCCUUCCCAGUCAUUUGUGAAGUUUAUGGCACAGCAAAUCUUUUCAGAGAGCCCUGCUACUGAGGGGGAUGUUUAUGUGGAUCCUUUGUCUUCAAAUCAACCUUCCAAAUCUUUGUUGAGGCCUAAAGUUGACCGCCAAGUUUCCUCAAGUUGGGAGAGUGCCGAUAUCAAGGGAGGCAUUUCUUUGAAAGUGCUGCCUACGAAACACCCCUUACAGUCCUCGGAGGGGCCUGAAGACCCGCAAGAAGUUUUGUCACAUUCAGAGAGUGCUCCUGUGAAGUGGAGAAGUUUGAAAGUACAGCUGCCUCCCAGACACGUUUCCCGGGCACUGGGGAAGCUUGACUAUCAGCAAGAAGUCUACUCAGCUUUUGAGAGCUCUACUGAAGAACCGAGUUCUGAACAGCAGCUGUCUUCCAGAUGCCCUUUCCGAGCUGAGGACGGAGCUGAAUUCCAGCCACAGAUUUUCUCAACAGACUCAGUGAGUGUACCUGUAGAGUGGAACAUUUCUGAGGAGCACCUGCCUCCAAGACACUCUUUUCAGGCUUUUGCAGACCCUGAAUAUCAGCAACAGGUUUAUUUAAGUUCCGUGAGUGCUGCUGCUGAGGGAACCACUCCUGAGAGCAAUUCUAGCAGCUGGUCCCCACCAAGAAGCCCAGCUUCUCCAAACGAAACCAAGAAACACCGCCAAGUCGCUGAAGACCUCAUUAAGAACAUGCUGACUACUGCUACCAAACCUGUGAAGUUCACCACUGCUUCUGCCUGGGAAGCAUCCACUUCAGAGGACACUCACUCUAAGGAGGAAGUUCUUGAGAGUGGUGAUCAAAAUAUUAGCUGUUCAGAUUUAUUCGCCAAUGGGGCUGAUGUUGAAAACCUUUUUGGAGUCCGACUGAGAAGAAUCUCUUCCUCACCAAAGUGCAAGAGUGAGAAACAAGGUGAUUUUACCAAGCUUCCUUCAUUCUCUUUGGGCCCAAUUUCAUCUUCCAUAGUUAGAGAACAGCAAAUCAGAAGAAGCACCUCCCAGGGGCUCCUGGGCACUGCGGAGAACCUCACCACAACAUCUGACUUUGCAGAGAAGCAACAGAGCAGGCCCAAAUCUGAAAGCAUGGCCAGGAAGCAACCGGCUUACACGAUCCCAGGAGAGGUUCCUGAUCAACAGUCAGAUUCUACUACCCCACAGCCAGCUUGGAUAACCAUGAUAAAGCAGAGGCAAAGGAGUUCCCAGGCCCACACUCCUAUGAAAGAGCCAAAAACCAAGAACAGAGCUGGAGCCAAGGCUGAGACUAAGGAGCCUAGACAUGGGGGAACUAGCCAUGCAAAUGAAAACCAACCAAGAAUGAUUUUCACUUCUGAUGUCAAUAGACAGGAGAAGAUGGCACAAAUGAAGCUACCUAAGUCUGCCAAAGCAGGAUUUGAAGAUCUGAAGAUAUUUCAAGUGCCUGCCAUGGGAAAAGAAACCCGGCGAUCUUCAACUCUCCCAGCCAUGUUCCAAGAGCCAGUUGAGCCAGUUGAGGUGGUUGCGCCAGUGGAUCCAGCUGAUACAGUGGAGCUGGUUGAGUCAGUCGAGCAGGUUGAGCCAGUCUGGUUCUCCCUGGCCAAGAAGAAAGCCAAAGCGUGGAGCCAAAUAGCAGAAAUCAUGUAAUCAAAUAGCUCCUGGGUGGAGCAUCAGCAUUUCAAAUGAUAAUCGCCAAUAGCUGUAUUAAUGCCACAAAGUCAUUUUUUUACUGUAACCACUUUUUAUUAAGCAAAAGAACCUUAGAAAUGGGAAUUAAAGCUAAUAAUUAUUUGAGUGAAACAAAUGCCAUGAAUGCCUAAUCUUCAAUAGUCACUGCCAGCACCUGAAAACUCAGCAUUUCCUCUAUGAAACUAUGUAAAAUGUUUGCACUGCUGUAGAACUGGGAAAUCUUUGACUUUGGACAAUAUGCUUUAGAAGGGAGAAAGCAAAAACACUUCAUUGGGGCAACUAAGAGAUGGACAUUUCCCUUGAUCAAAUAAAUUUAUUCUAAUGGAAAUGUCCAGACAAUUUGGCCUAAGGAUUGGCUUUUGGGUUUUAUGAGCCUAGUUAAAUCCUUCAAUUCUUUGGUUGCUGCUCCAGGCUUUGCAAAGGCCCCUAGAAGAGGUGGUGGAAGUAAAAAUUCUGGAUCUUCAAGAAAAACUUUGCACAGCCAGUCCCCUAAUCAGCCCACUGCCCUUUGAAACACCUUCUUUGUCUCCCUGGAGGACCCCAAUGCCUGCAACUUAUACAGAACUCUCUCUUUACACAUGCCCCAUGUCAAGCUGUUGCAGGUCCAGCAGCAAUGGGCACCUUCCUAUGAUGUGGAACAUUUCUUAGGGAUUAUCAUACUCCUCUGGAUGGUUAGUCCAUUAGUGUUUGACCUCUUGCCCCAACACCACUGUGACCCUCUCCAGUUGCUCAGAAAUGUACUGGAUGUCGUACACACCCUAUUGUUGAAGCACUUAAGACCCUGUUGAAAUUCAAAAUUCUAUAGACGCUAAAAGCUAUACUUUCAAUGGGCAGAUGGGAAGCCCUCCACAAGGAAGCCUAGGGCCACUGGAGAGCUGUCUUUCCCCCUGGCUCCAAUCUUAAGGUGGAGAACUCCAUGUAGUGAAACUUCUAGUUCCUUCCCCUCAGCAGGCUCUGUUUCACAAAGUUUUAGCCCAAAGCAAGACUGCCAUCCCAAAGCCAUAGAACAAUUAACUUUCUGCUAACUGGAAGCCUUAAGUGAUUAAAUCAGCCUUUCCCUGCCCUCAUUCCUAGAGGCACACACCUCAAAAGUUACUAGGCUGGACAGCCCCCACCUCCCCACUGAACCACUCACCCCAAGUCCUUCCUCUCUAUUUCAUCCCCCAAACACACCAAACACUGAGAACUUCCUUUGGAUGCCUGGACAGGACCUAGCUCAUUUUCUUAGGAGCCCCAGAAGUGUCUUCUCAGUCUACCUUUCACUGUGUCUUCCUCUGUGACCUCAGGGUUACUUUGCUUAAACAGAAAUGCAGGCCUAGACAUAACUGUGCCUUUGCGUUCUGAGUGGAGUGCUGCUUCGUGGAAAAAAAAAAUCAGAGAGGGAGUGAGCUGCCAGAGCUUAUUUAAACCCCUGGCGCUUGGUUUUGCUGACGACAGUAUAAUGUGACAUUGCACAAUCAUAUGCUGAAAUUUGCAUUUUCUCUAUAAAACAUCUAUUUUUCCUGAUACUGUAUCUUUGCCUUUUUGGUAAUUCUAGGUUUUUGAUUUAUUGAGGUUGAUUUGCUUUGUAUUCCUAUAGUGAACCGUUCCUUAAGGUUGAUGCCCUUUUCCAGGUAAUUCUGGUAGAUUAGCUGUUAUAUCACCCUUCCCCCUUCUCUCAGGGUGGACCUCUAUUAGGUAAUUCUCACUCUAAGAACUCUCUAUUAACAAUGACUUUUCCACGCUUAACAACAAAACCCUGCUUUUAAGUAAGAAGAUUAAGUUUUAGUAAUGCGUAGAGGCACAUUCUGACAAGUUUUCAGCUUCUUUUGGCAUUCUCGAUUUUUGCUGUAUGCAAAUAAAUUUAAUAACACCUG